AUGUCCCGCACUUUUUCCGUUCCCCGUGGCACUGAUGAGCCCGUCGAGAUCAAGAUUGCCGAGCCAGCCCUCCGUGCACAAGGGUUGAGUUUGCAAACCUGGACCUCGUCGUAUGUGCUCGCCAAUCUAUUGCACAAGCUUCAUGUGGACAUACCUGCUUCAGACGGCGCCAUACCGGUGCUCGAACUCGGCGCCGGGACAGGACUAGUUGGGUUGACGGCUGCAGCCCUGUGGAAUGUGCCUGUGGUUCUCACGGACUUGCCUCCUAUUGUCCAGGCUCUCGCUGGAAACAUCCAGCUGAAUGCCUCCAUCGUCAAUGGCCUCGUGGAUUGUGGCUCUCUAGAUUGGGCUGCACCGGAGCACCUGACCCUGCAGAAUGGACAAACCCGCUCCUCUCACACGAACAAAGCUUCUGUAAUCCUCGCUGCAGACACGGUGUACUCGGAAGAACAUCCUGAAUUGCUCACCAAAGCCAUUCUUAGCUGGCUUGCCGAUGGAUCAUCGUCUCGACUCAUCCUAACCUAUGCGAUGCGCGUGGCAUACUUGGACCAGAUCCGCGAACUGUGGCAGCUUUUGGAAGCUGGGGGGCUAGAGGCCAUCGCAGAAGGCCGUGAACAAGCCAGUGUCGACGACUGGGACGACGAGUGCUUGUGUGAAUGGAGCGUCUGGAGAUGGAAACCGAGGACGGAUACAAAAGCGUAG